AAUCGCGGCGCAGGAGGACCCGCUCCACGAGCCAAUCGCAGUGAAGUGAGGCGGGGCUUUCCGGAAUACGGGUGGGAAAAGAAAUAACGCUGAACGGGAAGUUCUGCUGCUGCUGCUGCUGCGUCGUCAACUCAGACAGACUUCCAGCCGUGUGGACUUCAAUGUAGGCUGUGCUGAAGCUCCAGGGAAAGUUCUGCUGGCCAGAAAGUGUCCUAAAGUUCCUCGCUAAUACUCAGCAUAUAGUCCUGAACAGCUGUGGCUCGGGUUUAUACAGGAAAACCGCGUUUUCGUCUCCAGUAAUAUCGACUAAUUGACUAAUUGAAGCCUGGUCAGUAAGCAGCCCUCACUAUGUCUGAUGGGGACUAUGAUUACCUCAUCAAGUUCCUAGCCCUGGGGGACUCUGGGGUGGGCAAGACCAGCUUCCUGUACCAGUACACGGACGGCAAGUUCAACUCCAAAUUCAUCACCACAGUGGGCAUAGACUUCAGAGAAAAGCGAGUGGUGUACAAGUCCAGUGGGUCUGAUGGUACAGCUGGGAGGGGCCAGAGGAUACACCUCCAGCUAUGGGACACAGCAGGCCAAGAGAGGUUCAGGAGUUUGACAACAGCCUUCUUCAGAGAUGCUAUGGGCUUCCUGCUGCUAUUCGAUCUGACUAAUGAACAGAGCUUCCUCAACGUCAGGAACUGGAUGAGUCAGCUGCAGUUGCAUGCAUACUGUGAGAACCCCGACAUCGUCCUGUGCGGAAACAAGUGCGAUCUGGACGACCAGCGAGCAGUCAGCGAGGAUGAAGCUCGAGAGCUAGCUGAGAAAUACGGGAUCCCAUACUUUGAGACGAGCGCAGCUAACGGUGAAAAUGUCGCCCGGGCGGUGGAGGUCCUGCUGGAUCUGAUCAUGAAGCGGAUGGAGAGAUGUGUGGACCGGUCCUGGAUCCCCGACGGCACCAUGCGCUCCAACGGGCACAGCGGGAGCGAGCUGGUCGAACCGCCUACGCAGGACAAAAGCAAGUGCGCCUGCUAGUGACCACCUGCUGCCCUCUCAGUCUGUUAGCAACCAGCACCAUUGCCCUCCUCUACACUUGGAUAGAUAACACAUAGGACAGGAGAAAGUGCCAAUAAUGUCUUAAGUUGGUCUGGAAACACGGCAGUUAGGCUCCAAUCCCACAAAUGAAUCGAUUAGGUAACACAAUGGAAUACUGCAGCAUUUGUCUGCCUGUUUCUGCAGCGUUUGGCCGAUUACCACAGACAGUUUCAACACGUUUUCCUGUACUUGUUGACUUGUAUGCUUUUAUAAUAGAAGCCAAUGGGCAGAUGCUGAAUAUCCCUACAGUGAAAGCCACUGGGGGCAGAUGCUGAAACAUAGGCUUCUAUUACACAUGCAUUUCUAUAUAGUGUUUUUUCUGUUCUUUUACUCAGUUGCUACUAAUGCAGGUCCUUCAGACCUGGUGUGACCGGUUUGGUGUGAAAUGGUUGAUUGCAGAGACUCGGAUUUCUUUACAGAGGUGGUGAUGGGAACCAGGGGUCACCAUGACAACACCACAAAUAUAACCAUUUUAUUUACUAUCCAGAACCACGGGUGAACCUGUAUGUGUCUUCUGAGUUUUACGUGGAAUGUUGAUGCUGAUCGUGCAGACCAGAAUAAAUUCCCUGCAGAAUUUCCGUGCAGGUCUGUUAA